GAGUAAAAUCUCUAUCCUUUGCUUUCCUUUAAAAUAUUUUGGUUAAAACAAACGAACAGUACGACCAUGUCGGUGAUGAGCGCUGUGCCGUUCAUGAAGCCGCUCCACAUGCGCUCCCCGGUGCCGCAGGGCCGCCGCCACACGCUGCCGGCCAGCGAGUUUCGCUCCCUCAGCCCGGAAGAUGCCAUCAGCGUGUUCGAGAUUGAGAGAGAAGCCUUCAUCUCAGUGUCCGGGGAGUGUCCUCUCCACCUGGACGAGGUGCGUCAUUUCCUCACCCUGUGUCCUGAGCUGUCUCUUGGCUGGUUCGAGGAAGGACGUCUGGUGGCUUUCAUCAUCGGCUCAUUGUGGGACCAGGAGAGGCUUACCACGGAUGCCCUGACUCUCCAUAAGCCUCAUGGGACCACCGUCCACAUCCACGUCUUGGCCGUCCACCGGACCUUCCGCCAGCAGGGCAAAGGCUCCAUCCUGAUGUGGCGCUACCUGCAGUACCUCCGCUGCCUGCCCUACGUCCGCCGCGCUGUGCUCAUGUGCGAGGACUUCCUGGUUCCCUUCUACCAGAAGUCAGGUUUCAAGGCGCAGGGCCCCAGCGAGAUCACUGUGGGGCCCCUUGCCUUCAUCGAGAUGAUGUACCCAGUCAGGGGCCACGCCUUCAUGCGUCGUAACAGUGGCUGUUAAGAACAGAGGGAGUUCAUGUGGAUUCUCCUUGGCUAUCAGUGAUGGUGGUGGACUCCCCCCUUGGAGACAGGAUAAGGGGACGUCAGAGCAGCUUUGUUGUGCGCGAGCGACCAACGCCGUGUUUGUUAUCAUCGCUGAGUGAGACUUGUUCAGCAAGCAGUGAGGUGCUGACUGAGCCUGCAGAGAGCCGAAAACAAAGAGCUGCCAUCCGGCUGCAAAACAACAGCUGUUUGGGAAAAGUGGUUCGGAAACUACAAAUAUAUUGAUCUGUAGUUUAGUAUGAGUGAAAACCAAAUCAUUAGAGCGAAGUCCUGAAAGAACAUUACAAUUCUGUUUUGGUAUAAAACAAUUUUAUUUUUGUUUAGACACAUUUGUUGUUGUUUUCAUUAGAACUCAGCUGCCCUGUUUCUUUCUUCUCGCUCUUUUUUUAAAUCGAACAUGGAUUCUGGCUCUCUAUGAAGCCAAUAAAACCAGUAUCUGCCCAUUACUAAUGCAUUCUGUCUGGUACAGUUUUGUUUUAACAGUAUGCCUUUCACACCAGCAUUAGAAGGUUACUGUUACGCUUUGUAUGAUAAUGAUUUGAUUAUGAUAAGGAAUAUGCCAAAGUAAACAGUUAACCUUCACGGACUAUGGAAUACAAGGGAGUGAUAUCAGUAAUCAAACUUCAGAAAAUAAAUCAAAAUGUUAAAUUGGACAUGUCUGUUGUUCUAUAUUAAGAUUUGAGUGGUCCUGUCUGUCCAUCAGUGACUGUAACAAAAGCCUGUGGCUGCAUUGUGAGCAUGUCUGUCAUGUCUAGGUGUGAACAGUACGUGACGUAUUUUAAAGAGCAAAAUAUAUCCUUUCAUAAAAUACAUGUACUUUCCAGA